CAGUCAGUCAUUCGGCUGAGGCUUCUGCAGCCCCCUCUGGCCCACCCUCCCCACCACAAGCCCAGUACCGGGGAGUGGGAGCACCCACACAGGUCGCACUACCCAGUCUGACCCUCUCAGCCUCUCACCUUUCUGACUUCCUACCCCUGAGGAGACGGGCACAACUUGAGACUACUCCUCCUCCCCACCCCCGAGGGGCCUUCAGGACAGGGGCAGCCAUGUCACAGUUCUCCACCAUGACAACCAGCGAGAGGAAAAUGCAGGCGGCAGCAAUCUGCAGAGAGGUGCAAGCCCAGGAAGAUGUAGAGAUGGAUCUGGGGAAGAAAAUGAACGUGCCUAAGGACAUCAUGCUGGAGGAGCUGUCUCUCGCCUCCAACCGGGGCUCCCGGCUCUUCAAAAUGCGCCAGAGACGCUCAGAAAAAUACACUUUUGAGAGCAUCCAGAAUGAAAACAACACACAGUUCAGUAGUGCUGCGGUUUUCCAAACUGAGAAUGGCAGCCCAGCAGAAAGCAACAACAAUGAGAACAACUCGGGUGAUAACCAGCAAUCUAAAGUAACGUGUGAUGCACCAGAUGCAGCGAUGGUGCCGAAUCCAGCCAGCAUUGCUCCAGGAUAUGGAGGUCCUUUGAAAGACAUCCCCCCAGAGAGGUUCAACAGUACAGCUGUGCCAAAAUCCUACCACUCACCCUGGGAGCAAGCCAUUAUCAAUGACCCGGCCUUGGCUGACACUCUCAUCACCCGCAUGCCUGAGCUGGAACCCCGACCAGACCUACCAGGGUACAAAAGUUUCAACAGGGUAGCAACCCCCUUUGGUGGCUUCAGCAAGACGCCCAGACCUGCUCCUAUCAGACCCAUCCAGGUAGAAACUCUGACGGAGCUGCCAGAGCUUCAGGGGGAAGCCACGGUGAAUCGACCCUCCUUCAACAGAUCUGCUCUGGGGUGGGUGUCGGCGGGUGGUCCAGUCUCCCUGCCUGCUAUCUCCCUUGAGCCUGUGCUCAUCCCUGAGUCAGAAGACCUUUGAACCCCUAAUGAAGUCACACAGAGAUGCUGUCUGCUUAGUUGCUGCACCCGAGGUUGUUGUGAGCGGGGUGAAGUUCCUGUCAGCAGAGUGGGGUUUGAAAGAAAGCAUCCUGUUCGUGGUUCAUGUUAGCUUGUAUGCAUCAUCCACUAGUUUUCUAGUGAUGUUAAAUAUUGCACUGCAGAGAAAAGUAAAUAAAUCACAUUGUUCAGUAGGCCGACAUACUCCUGGAAUAAAUUAACAUUGUUGUAUAUUAAUGUGCAUAAGAACAUUUUAUCUAGUUUUUGCUCAAUAAACUGGUGUAGAUGCAAAAGAAUAA